UCGCAACUCUACUGAACAACUCAACGUGAAAGAGACGACUUUUGAAGCCGCCAAUUUUCUUCUGCACCUUCCAUUUUCCACAGAAAAACCAAAAAGCUCAGAACCAGAGAGUAUCACAGAGCCAUGGGGUGCGGCAACUUCCUCUUCACCAUUCUGGUGACCUUCUCGGUUGCUCUAAUCACCUACAACAUAAUCAUCUCAGCCAAUUCACCGCUCCAGCAAGACCUCCCCGGCCCGUCGCGGUCGUCGUCGUCCUCCUCGUUUUCCGUGGACCCCGUCAUCAAGAUGCCGGUGGACCGAUCGCGAACGAAAUCGGCGAGCUCCAAGCGACUGUUCCACACGGCGGUGACGGCGUCGGACUCUGUUUACAACACGUGGCAGACUCGGAUCAUGUACUACUGGUUCAAGAAGCAUCAGAACGGGGCGGGUUCGGAGAUGGGCGGGUUCACUAGGAUCUUGCAUUCUGGUAAGCCUGAUAAGUAUAUGGAUGAGAUCCCUACCUUCGUUGCUCAGCCUUUGCCUGCUGGAAUGGAUCAGGGAUAUAUAGUUCUCAACAGGCCAUGGGCAUUUGUGCAAUGGCUUCAGCAAGCAGACAUUAAAGAAGAUUAUAUACUGAUGUCUGAGCCGGAUCAUGUAAUUGUUAAGCCCAUACCGAACUUGGCCAGAGAUGGGCUCGGAAGUGCAUUUCCUUUCUUUUACAUUGAACCUAAGAAGUAUGAGAGGAUACUACGGAAGUACUACCCUGAGGAAAAGGGACCGGUAACUAACAUUGAUCCAAUUGGAAACUCUCCUGUAAUUGUUGGGAAGGAAGCUCUUAAGAAGAUUGCUCCUACCUGGAUGAAUGUUUCUUUGGCUAUGAAAAAGGAUCCUGAGACUGACAAAGCUUUCGGUUGGGUGCUUGAAAUGUAUGCUUAUGCGACAGCGUCCGCUCUCCAUGGUGUUGGUAAUAUAUUGUACAAGGACUUCAUGCUUCAGCCUCCAUGGGAUACAGAAAUUGGCAAGAAGUUCAUAAUUCAUUACACAUAUGGAUGUGACUACAAUAUGAAGGGUGAGCUAACAUAUGGAAAGAUUGGAGAAUGGAGAUUCGAUAAAAGAUCUUAUGAUACUGUUGCACCACCUAAAAAUCUUGCUUUACCUCCACCUGGUGUCCCGGAAAGUGUGGUGACUCUGGUUAAGAUGGUGAAUGAAGCCACAGCAAACAUUCCAAAUUGGGGGUCAUAAGAGAAAAAUCCAGUUUGAGCCGAUGUAGACACACAGUAGGACAUACAAGCUGUGCCACAUUGUAGUGCAGAAUGCCACGUAUGGAAACAUUUGUGAAUUUCAUGUCUCCCUGUCAAGUUUGUCAAGUUGGGUUGAACACUUGACGUCCAACUCUGAAUUCGUCUGCAAAUGUCUGAUUAUGGGUGUAAAAAUCAGGCACAACACACCUGCAGUCUCUGAAGAUAUAUAUAAAACUUUAGUAAUAUGAUAUAUAUUCGCUAUUAGGGUUGUAUUCCCAUGUUAGAACAUGAAUGAGCUGACAAUUGACAGGGUCACUUUGUGUUCGAUGAGUAAUGGUCAUGUGACUCAUAUCGGGUUGCCUCUUGCUGCAGCGUUUCAA